UGUUAUUUGGCCAUGCAGCUCCAAUUUGAUUCCCAGUUUUUCAUGUCCAUUGUGUUUCUGGGUUUUGUUGUGUUGUUGUUUCAUUUGUAUAAUGUCUUGGUGGAGAAGCCAAAUAAGCUUCGCUCUAAGCUAAGGAAGCAAGGUAUCAAUGGUCCACCUCCAACUAUACUACUUGGAAAUAUUAGGGAGAUAAAGAAAGCUCAACGUAUCACUGCAAAUAAUUCUUCUAUUGAAUCCAAUUCCUCUCACAACUGUGCUGCUUAUGUUCUCCCCCUAUUUGAGAAAUGGAGGGAGCAAUAUGGUCAAGUAUUUAUGUUUUCUCUUGGAAACAUACAAAUAUUGUGUGUGAACCAACCUGACAUAGUGAGAGAUAUCAACACAUGCACAUCCUUGGACUUGGGGAAGCCUUCAUAUCAGCAGAAACAACUAGGGCCUAUGCUGGGUCAGGGCGUUUUAACUUCAAAUGGAACUAUAUGGGCCCAUCAAAGAAAGAUCCUAGCUCCAGAACUAUACAUGGACAAGGUUAAGGGAAUGAUGAAUAUAAUUAGUGAGUCUUCUAUGUCUCUGCUAAACUUGUGGAGUAGUAGAAUAGAGGCAGAAGGUGGAGUUGCCGAUAUAAAAAUUGAUGAAUACAUGAGAAGUUUCUCUGGGAAUGUUAUUGCAAGGGCAUGCUUUGGAAGCAAUUAUUCAAAGGGGGAAGAAAUUUUCUUGAAACUUGGAGCUCUCCUAGAGCUCAUGUCAUGGAAAAAUAUGUCCAAAAGGGUGGUCCCUGGCAUGAGAUACCUGCCAACAAAGAGCAAUAGAAAAGCAUGGUCAUUAGAAAAGGAGGUGAGAAAUUUGAUACUCCAAGGGGUUAAGGAAAGAAAGGACACUACUUUUGAAAAGGACCUGCUGCAAAUGGUUCUUGAAGGUGCUAAUAAAAGUAAUCUCACUCAAGAGGCCAGUGACCGCUUUAUUGUUGAUAACUGCAAGAAUAUAUACUUGGCAGGCUAUGAGACAACUGCAGUUUCUGCUACAUGGUGCCUUAUGUUGUUGGCCUCAAAUCAAAAUUGGCAGGAUCGUGUUCGUGCUGAGGUACUAGAAAUUUGCAAGGGUAGAAUACCAGAUUCUGAUAUGCUUUAUAAGAUGAAGCAGCUGACCAUGGUUAUUCAUGAAUCAUUGCGGCUUUAUCCCCCUGUAUCUGUGAUGUCAAGGGAAGCCUUCAAGGACAUGAAAUUUGGGGACAUUGAUGUCCCCAAGGGCGUUAACCUUUGGACAAUGGUGUUAACUUUACAUACAAAUCCAGAUGUAUGGGGAGCUGAUGCCUACAAAUUCAACCCAGAAAGGUUUGCCAAUGGAACAAUGGGUGCUUGUAACCUGCCACACUUGUAUAUGCCCUUUGGUGCUGGCCCACGAGUGUGUCUUGGACAGAACUUGGCUAUGGCUGAACUUAAGAUGCUGAUAGCUCUCAUUUUGUCUAAAUUCUCUUUCACCCUCUCUCCUAAAUACAUUCAUUCACCUGCUAUAUCGUUGCUCUUGGAGCCUGAGCAUGGAGUCCAUCUCUUGGUGAAAAAGUUACCAAUUGUUCCUUGAGAAUUGUAGUUCUAUGAAGUGAUAAAAGAUAUAGCAUUUUGGUGGAGGUUAGAUAGGACUUGGUAUGCACUCACUCACCUAUGCAUUGCUUAAUGUUGUUUCACUUGUCUCUUAUUUUCUUUUGUCCAAAAUAAGCAACAAAAGAACUUGCUAUUCAUCUUUGUACUUCUUGCACCUGUUUGUUAU